UAACUUGACAUUUGUUAAAUGACAGAAACGAUUGAGGUUAUAAAAUGUUGUGUUUACCCCUUGUGAUUGUGAAUUAAUUGAUUUUUAAAUAUUAAUAAUUGUCGGUUUAGUAUAAUAAGAGUGUAAUUUAUAAGAAGUAAACAAUUCUAUCAUCAAACAAAAAUGGCUCGCAAUGCAGAGAAAGCUAUGACUACCCUGGCCCGGUGGCGGGCUGCACAAGUACAAGAAGCAGGAGGACAGCGGGAGCGCAGACCAUAUCUCGCGUCAGAGUGCACAGAUUUACCGCAAGCAGAGAAAUGGAGACUGCAGAUUGUUAGGGAAAUUGCCAAAAAAGUUGCCCAGAUACAGAAUGCCGGUCUCGGUGAGUUUCGGAUACGAGACUUGAAUGAUGAGAUCAACAAGCUUAUGCGCGAGAAACGUCACUGGGAAGUUCAAAUCAAGUCAUUGGGCGGGCCAGACCAUGCUCGCGUUGGACCAAAAAUGCUUGACCAAGACGGUAAAGAGGUACCCGGUAAUCGAGGCUACAAGUACUUCGGAGCCGCUAAAGAUCUACCAGGUGUACGUGAGCUAUUCGAACAAGAGCCCCCUCCGCCACCGAGACGGACGCGUGCGGACCUCAUGCGAGACGUAGACGCCGACUACUAUGGAUACAGAGACGACGACGACGGUCUCUUGAUGCCACUCGAGCAGGAAGCUGAGAAAGAAGCCAUAGCAAGGGCAGUAGAUGAGUGGAAGAGAAAUAAGGAGGAAAACAAAGAUCAAGAUUUGCCCGAGGAAGAAAACAUUUAUCCAGAAGAUCCGGACGACAAGAGAAUAGAAGAAGAGGAUGAAAAUGGCGAGCCGGUCCGACAAGUAGUGACGUCACAUGUAGCAGUGCCAUCGCAGAAGGAUAUAGAAGAAGCUUUACUGCGGCGGAAGAAACAAGAGUUGCUGGAGAAAUAUGGCUGUAUGGAUAUCAAGCUGGAACAAAGCUGACCAGCACUUAGAUAGUAUCAUAAUAAAUAAGUAUUUUUCCAAA